AUUCCAUCUCUGCCUCUUCAACACCCAAUCGAUAUUCCUAAAGGCAGCGCCACUCCCAGCACGCGUCCCCGCGACAACGACGACUCUGCGCGAUUCCUCCGGCCGGCACACACGAGCCUGCGCAAUCGAUCCAACUGCCGUCCAGCCUCGACGCCUGAUUUCCUUGCUGCUUCGCUUCCACCUCCGCUUCGUAUUCUACACACAUCAAUAAUGCCUCUCUGCGGCGGAUCAAAGACGGUGCAGCGCAAGCUGGUUCUUCUGGGCGAUGGUGCCAGUGGAAAGACGUCGCUGCUCAACGUCUUCACGAGAGGAUACUUUCCGACCGUAUACGAGCCUACCGUCUUCGAAAACUACGUUCAUGACAUCUUCGUCGACAACGUGCACAUCGAGCUCUCGCUCUGGGAUACAGCUGGCCAGGAAGAAUUCGACCGUCUACGAUCGCUCUCCUACGAUGACACGGAUUUGAUUGUGCUCUGUUACUCGGUCGAUAGCAAAGACUCGCUAGAAAACGUCGAAUCCAAAUGGGUCGGAGAGAUUGCCGACAACUGCCCCGGCGUCAAGCUGGUUCUCAUUGCGCUCAAGUGCGAUCUCCGUCAGAUGGGCGAGGACGAGCCUGAAGAGGCCGACGCAGCAGCCGCAGCAGACGGCAACGCACAGCGCGAGAAGCCGCCGACCAUUUCCUACGACGAGGGCCUCGAGGUCGCCAAGCGAAUAGGCGCGUCCCGCUAUCUCGAAUGCUCGGCCAUGAAGAACCGCGGCGUCAACGAGGCAUUCACAGAGGCCGCCCGAGUAGCGCUAAGCGUCAAGAAGGAGAGGGAAGACAACAAGUGCACAAUCAUGUAAAGGAUUCGCAGCUUCUGACGCUCCGGUUUAUAUCGGGGUCCUCUUCUUGAUACCCUCCCUCGAUAUACCUUUCAAACCGCUUAGAUCCGGCGGAAAAGCAAUAUUUCACCAGCUACGACGCAUUCAAUUUUUUUUAACCGCCUUCUUUCUUCUUUUUUUUGUUUUCUUUGCUGUUCUCUUUAUAACAUGGUGUUUUCUUCCUUUCUUCACCACUUGCUUUUCUUUGUCUUCUUUCCAACAAGUUUUUUAUCAAUCUAUCAUGGACCUUCACCGUACAUAUUUGACUGCGGAAUGACCGAUUUGCGGUUUUUUUAAUUUUGUUGUAAUUUUUCCUGGAAUGGAGCGAAGGAGCUGAGGCUGGAGAAAAAAUGUUUGAUACACUACGCGCUACUGCAGCGUAUUUUCGACGCAGGCUAGAUUUCUCAUCACAUUUUUUUUGUUCUUUGUACACGCUUUGUAUUAAAGAGGGGACUAUUUGCUUGUGUCUUAGACUAGGAUCGAAUUCUAACGUUUUGUUUGUUC